GAUGGAGCCAUGUGCAGUCGAUUUUUGGAUUAAUCAGCGUAAUCAUCUCCCCAGCAGCAGCAAUCAUGAAGUACCUAGCUCUGACCCUCUUCGUGUGCCUUAUGGCCAUCGCCUUCAUUUCUGCCGUGCCCGUGGAUGAGUCCCUGAUCGGCGACAAUAUCUACCAGCCUGCCUUCGACGAUGUCCAGCGUCCCCAGGAUCCGCAGGCCAUCUUCAAGCUGAAGAAGCUGCUCAAGCUGAAGAAGCUCCUGGGUUAGGAGUAAUUAGCAAUAGGCUCCGUUCAGAUUCUAGUCCAGCCAAUUGGGAACCUUGCCUCAACUAAAUAACCUUGCCGUAACUAAAAUAAAUGUUAUUUUCAUACA